GUGAAAUAUAGUUAUAAUAUGAAAAUAUCACAAACUCGACCUCAUUUGAACUGAUGACUAUAAGAUAUUCCUAGAGGGCCAGCUGCGAAAAUGUUGAACAUGGACACGUGACUAACUGGUGACGUCAUUACCGAACCUGACAGACCGCGCCUGUACCUGGUGAGAAUCCUGGAUCCGCCACUGUGAAGCAUUUGCAGGCCAGUUCUCAACUAACAUAAAGGCGAUGGACUCCGAAUGGUUUUGUCAGACUCACAUGUCUAGAAAGAAGCUUGGGUUGUUGCCUGUUGAAAAGAUGAAUCUCUGGGGCGGGUCUCCGUCUAUUGGACAUCCGUUCAGAGUCACCGGCGUUCGUCUGGUGACAACAGCAGCUCAUCGACUACGAAAAGAAGACGACAAGUUAGCACUCGUCGCUGCUUGUGCUGCUGGAGGACACGGACACGCCAUGUUGGUUGAACGUUAUUGAUGAUGAACUUUAGAGUCUAACUUUGUGCACUUUAUGUUUGAUAUUGUCCUUAAGUAUGUUUGGUUUGUGCUAUAUUACGG